GGUUUUCAAACACAUCGGAUUAUUACUGGUUUUGCUCCAUUGCAUUUCUUUGGAAAUUCUGGCUAAAGAUCCUCUAUGUGAAGUUCCAAUACCUACUCCUACGGGAAAAUGCUGUCAUCGGGAAUAUGCCCGGUACUGUUGCUCCGAUAUACCCGUAUGUGCCGAUGGGCAAAACGCCACCGUAGAGAAAGUUGUUUUCACAACUGAUCCUUGUUCAGCCCCAUGGAAUCUGAGCGCGUGUAUGGAUGGAUUUUAUUCAACAAAUGGUUUCGAUGUUUUACCAUGUCCUGCAGGUUACUUCUGCGAAAAAAACCAGGUGUGUUUAAAACCGUGUCCAAUGGGUGCCUUUUGUGAUCAAAAUAUUUUGGUGACUGACAAAGACCGAUGCGGUAGAUACAAGACAUGUUGUCUUCCUUAUCAUGACACGCCAAUAUUCAACGAGCACACUAAAGCUAUUUUAUGUCCCGGUCAUCACAAACCUUUCAAAUGCCUUGAAGGUUUUUACUGCCCAAAUACAACAACACGGUUAAAAUGCCCUGCGGGACAUUUUUGUCGUGAGGGAAGUAAUUGGCCGGUGAAAUGUUUGGCGAUUUCAAACUGCGGCGAAGGAGGGAAGUCACCAAAUACUUUGUACAUUGGAAUCAUCUUCAACAGUUGCCUUCUUGCAAUCUUUCUUUUCAUUCUUCUGUACUUUAACAACCGGCGAAAGAUCAAUUUCUACUUUGACUUGUACUUUCGACGUAUUCGAGGCAAACGUACAUUGAGCCAAAGAUACAAUCUGAGAGAUGGAAUACGCCUGGCUAUCAGUCGCUUAACGAUAGAUCAAGAUGUCGACGAGGGAACGUGUCUCAAGAAGAAUGGUUAUGAUAUCAGUUUUGAGAAACUGAGUCUAACUUUGACGACGGGUGAAAACAAAGGAAAAGUUUUGUUACAAGGAGUCACAGGAGAAAUAAGAGCUGGUCAGGUUACCGCUGUUCUGGGUCCUUCUGGGGCAGGGAAAACAACAUUUUUAAAUGUACUAUGCGGCAAGGCCUAUUACGGUAACGCUGGAGGAAUUAUAAAAGUAAACGGAAAGAAAGUGACGGGUAUGCAGGACUACAAAGGAGUUACAGGAUUUGUACCUCAGGAUGACAUCAUGCAUCGCUCACUGACCGCUAAGGAAGUACUGUACUACAACGCUGUGCUUCGUCUUCCUCCGCCGUCUGACGUCGAUGAAUACGAAAGAAUCGUCAAACGGGUGAUGUCAUUCCUCGGCAUCAAAUCGAUAGCCAACACACAAAUUGGAGACGAGGAAACUCGCGGCAUUUCAGGAGGGCAGAGAAGACGUGUGAACAUUGGUAUGGAACUAGUGGCUGAUCCAACCAUCUUGUUUCUGGAUGAACCAACUACAGGUUUGGACAGUUCAACCAGCUUGGUUGUGGUGAAGGCAUUGAAUACGGUGGCCUCGAGUACCAAUAUGACAAUAUGCUGCGUGAUUCAUCAACCACGAUUUGAGAUUUUAAAACUAUUCGAUAGGGUUAUAUUCCUUGGCUAUGGUGGUCGUACUGUUUACUCUGGCUCAGUUGAGGGAGCCGCAACAUAUUUCUCUAAAAUUGGAUAUCCCCUGCCAUUAAAUGUUAAUCCGGCGGACUUUUAUAUGGACGUUAUUUCUGGGUCAGUCAGUGGAACGAAUGUCUAUGUCAACCUCUUCGAAGAAUGGGAGAAACAUGAGACGAUUGUUGAUGAAGUUGGUGCGGAGGUCCGAUCAGAUGUUAUUUAUGGUGAAAAGGAUGUGGGAAUACGAAGGAAUGGCAGCUCAGCCGAGACAACUGGAAACACGCCUUUGAAUGAGGUUAUGCCGGGCGGCAAAUCCAGCGAUGAAACGAGUGUCGUCACUGACGUCACAUUGACCGACUUUUCUGGACGUAAUCAAAAUGAAGCCAUUCAAGUUGAUCCAUCCCCAUGCCCAGAAAGCGGCGAAGGAAAAGCAAAAAUCCAUCGUCUGGGCUUCUUCUCCCAACUUGGGGUAUUCCUUAAACGAGAGUUUGUGCUUCAACUGCGCAUGUCUAAGACUCUGUUGCUCGAUCAAGCUAUGGCGCUGAUAGCUGGUGCGGCCCUGGGUCUUCUGUUCCGUGAGAUAACUAUACUUGAUGUACCUGAAGCUACAGUGUUUGGAAACAUAGCAGUGGGUCAAAUAGCUGUUGUUGCAGCUUUGAGAGGCUUCGGAUUGCACAGGAUGGUGUUUUGGAGAGAGAGUGCUGCUGGUAUAAAUCGUUUAAGUUAUUUUCUUGCCGUAAACCUGUCAAAUAUCCCCGUGUUGUUGAUAUCACCCGCCGUUUAUCUGAGUAUAUAUUAUAGCAUCGCCUCGUUCUUAGCGCCAUUUGCUCUGCAUUAUGCAGUAUUUGUGUGCGCUUGGUAUUAUCUUUCCGGUCUGGGAUACAUCAUGUCUCUGUUGAUGACACCAAGAAACUCUCAAAUGGCUGCCGUUGUGACCACAGUUAUCAUGGCCUUGCUCUCAGGUGGCACGCCUGAGUUGUGCAAAUUGGACGACACAUUUAUCGCGACAAUACUUUACAACCUCUCUUUCUCGAGAUGGGUUGCAGAGGCGAUAUUCGAGGUCGAAGCAAGGGAGAACUCUGAGGCUUUGGGGGACCUUGUGAGCAGAAUGGGGAACGUAAAUCAUUACGAUUUAAACAGUUAUAAUUUGUGUGUCGGAGUGCUGCUUGCUUUGGGAACUGGUUUCAGAAUAAUCGCUUUGUUUUUGUUCUUAUUUACUAAAAGAGGACAGCAGAAGUGAUAUGUUGUCAGGCGCGGUAUUUUUCUAAUCAACAUUGUAUAUAAAGUGUUGUACGUAAAUAAAUUAACGGCCGGAAUUUAAAAGAGAAUGCCG